AUUGUUUUGAUUUUUGAGUCUAUUUGGGUCUUAAAGGCUUAGUGCGAAUGAUGCAGGUUCGAAUUUGUCCUGUGACGUCAUGAUACCAUUUUUGAGUUUAUGUCUCUGUUCAUCUAGAAAAAAAGAGUUAUAUGCAUCUGUUGAAUAAUUUCAACAUUACUCGGAGUGAAUUAGUAUUAAAUUACUAUGAAUGUAUCAGCUGACGUUAUUUAAGCGCAUGUGACGCAUUAACGCGUGCGGUGCGUCAUCAGCGGGAUUCAGUGCGCGUCGGAUCUCCCGGUAAGCGCGUGUGCACGGGAAUCACACACACACACACACAGACCCUCGAGUGCUUGUGAUGUAUCACAUCUGCUGUGAUCUGACGCCAGGACAGGACUUGGCCCAAGCGUCCAUUCCGGCCCCAUACAUUAGCGGAUGGGCUGCUCACGGCCGUUCUGGACUUUGACAGAAUGUCCUACUGGUCAGCCCGCCCCUGACGAGAUCUCAAGUCCAGACUGCAACAAUUGAUUUGUGAAGCCGGAGUUCAUCUCAAUCUCUCUCACACACACAGAGGUUGUGAUCAUGGCAGAUGCAGAUCUGUCGUCUCCUGUGGACGUUCUCCUGGUUCAGCACCGCUCUCGCCGAGAGAGGGCAGUCAGGUGUGGGACAGAGGAACCCUGCCGCCCGGAGAGUUUCCCAGCCCGCUGCCCCCCAAACGCACACGCUCGUACUCGGAGCAAGAUAAACACACACGACACCGACAGCAGGGGUGUGCUAGACCUACAGCUCCCAUGACCUUCACUAUCACUUGUUUCUGAGAAACCGGCUGUGUGCAGUGCAACGUUACUGGGGAAGGUAAACAUUUAUGUAUUCAAAAAUAUUGAAGUAUCUUUAACGCACUUAACAUAAACUUUAUUAACAUGUUUGCAUGCCCUGUAUGGAGAAUCUUUCCUCUCACAUCUGCAUUCAUGACACAAUGAUAACAAUCAAUAAUGAUCUUUUCAAGAAUUUACAAUUACAAUAUUCCAAGAAACCAGUUGUUUUCUGGCUCCAACUAAUAUAAAGAACAUAUUUUAUCUUAAAAAAACACAAUAUUUUCUUGUUUCACAGCCAUGUGCAGUCAAUUUCUGAAGCAACUGUACUGCAUUAAACUGUACUGCCAAUAACAGCACAUAGUUAUCUCAGACAUGUUUUUAUGUCCUAAACUAGAGCUAUAAAAUAAAUAUUAAUUUAAUUUCUGCAAAGUACAGAACACAAAUGUUUGUAUGAUUGCUCCUGUAUGACACAUCGCUUAUUGCUCCCUGAACUCUCUUGGGAUGAAAGUGUCUGCUAAAUGACUAAAUGUAAAUGUUUUUCUGAGCAACAAUGCAGUUUUACAGACUUGACAAAGGUUUUUCUGAGUCAUUUUCCUCUCAUGUCUGAGACCUGACUGGCUGGGGAUGUACAGUACCCUGAUAGCACACAUCCAUCUGGCUUACGUCUAUUUGACUUCUGCAUUUACAUCUGCAAGACAUCUACAAGACGUAGUUUGCUCAUCUGCAAUACGUCUAGGGAGCCUCGGCACCAUGUCUCACGUUUGGUUUUAUUAACGACAACAUCACACUUUAUUAGGCAUCUAAGAACGCAUACACAAAGGUUAGUCACGUAUAGCAAGCUAUUAUACUGUGAUGUGACUGCGCGGGUACUUAGGAUAUUAAAAAUUCACAAUAGCACUGUCUUCAUCAAUAUUUUCUUAGAAUGUGAAUGUGUCUUUUUCUUAGUGAGUAGUAUGAGAGAUAAAGAAAGAUAUGAAUGCGUACAGUUUGUCCUGUAUUUUUGAUUUUGAAAAACCACCCGAAAAAUCCCAUUGACUUAACAUUGCGCCCAACUUUGACGGGUCGUAGCUCCGAGUGAGGAUAUCGUAGAAACAUGAAAAUAAUACACGAUUUGAAGAGGCUAUCAGGCUCUGUAAGAACAUCACUCACAAUGGGGUGUAAGUUGUACCCCUGGGGUGUGAGAGCCUCCCAAAAUUUCCCAAUCACAGGAAGCAUGCCCAUAUAAGGCGUAAAUGUCCCGUGUUGAAUAUCUUAGCAGUACAACCACUUAGAGACAAGGGGGUGGGCUCAUUUCACUCAGACAACCAAUCAGUGUCACAGGAUCAUCUUAAAGCUAUUAAGCCUCGCCCAUAGCAACCAUUUACAGCAACCUAGCAACCGAUCCCAUUGACUCCCAUUAUCAAAAGUUCAUAUGGAUAUCUUUGCAGUACAGUAUCGUAGAGACGAGGGGGUGGGCACGUAUUACUCAGGCAACCAAUCAGUGGCCCAGGAAGUUCAUUAAGCCACGAAGCCACGCCCAUAGCAACAAAACAUCUUAACUUAGCAACCGUUUAACAACACCUACAUCUCUUCAUCAGAACAUCAUAGAGAGAUGGGGGUUGGUUUGUUUCACUUGUGGGUUGAAGCAUCAUCAGUUGGCAUAUGCUAAGCCACGCCCAUAGCAACCAAACAGGUUAGCCUAGCAACCAUUUAGCAACACCUAUAUCUCUGCAUCAGAACAUCGUAGAGACACGGGGGUUGGUUCGUUUCACUCAUAGCUUAGAGCAUCAUCAAUUAGCACAUACUAAGCCACGCCCAUAGCAACCAAACAGGUUAGCCUAGCAACCGUUUAGCAAAACCUAUAUCUAUGCAUAGGAACAUCGUAGAGACAUGGGAGUUGGUUUGUUUCACUUGUGGCUUGAAGCAUCAUCAGUUGGCAGAUGCCAAGCCACGCCCAUAGCAACCAAACACAUUAGCCUAGCAACCGUUUAGCAAGACCUAUAUCUCUGUAUCAGAACAUCUUAGAGUCAUGGGGGUUGGUUAGAUUCAUUAGUACUUAAAGUGUCAUCAUCCUAGUGCUGAGUUCCGUGGUUUGCCACAAAAGCAUCACUCACAGUUUCUUUAGAAAAGUUCUAGUUUUCUAGUUUUUAAGUGCAAUUCUACUUUCCAGUAGUCACUAUUCAGGAGACCUUUACUCAAUGUCUGAACCCUCUGAGCUUUUAUUAGCUUGUUAACUGUUAACAUUAUGGUUAUGUUUAGUGAAAAUUAUGUUUUCAUGUUUCAAAAAAGUUGGCAUGUUCUGCAUGUAUUUUUGUAUCUUUCUUCAUAUGUAGACCUGUAAAAUGCAGACACGUUCAGCUAGAAUCUCAGUAGUGUCCCUGGUUUUCCAAACGUCAUAUGUUUUCUCUAUAUAGCCUUAAACAACUUUGUAAAUUGUAUUUUUGAGUACGAGACUUUUUUUCUAUAAGGCAUGAAAUGACUUGAGGCUUGACUCGGACUCUAGCUGUAAGACUUGUGAACAUCUCUGCGUGUGGGUGUGUGAUGAUAUGUUUGCAUUACAUGCAGCGCAUUGAUUUACAAUCAUGGCGAUCAAACCUGCCAUUAAACAGUUUCAGAUACACCUUAGAGCAGGGGUUCUCAAACUUUUUGGGGCCAAGGACCCCUUACAGGGGAGAAAAUUUUCCAAGGACCCCCUUAUAAUCCUCAUGCCGAUUAAACAAAUGUUUACUGACAUUUACACUCCUAGAUGCCGUAGGAAUUAUUUAUAUUUUAAACUUUUCAACCUAAAUACUUAAGGCGAGUUUCAUAGAAAUGAACUUAAAUUGAAUUUGAAUAAAUAAAUGUUAAUACCAUUUCUAUACUUUUUAACACAGGGUCAUUUUUAUUCAGAUUACAUUUUGACCUCACAGCAUUCCUAAUUUUCAAGUAACAGAUCUUAAAGCUUUCAGAAAAUGAACUGUAACAAGACCGGCAAAGUCCUAAUGAACACAGUUAAUUUUUCAAGUUUCAUGGCUAAAGCGCUUUGAGGAAUUAUAUAAAACCAACAACUGAAAAAUCAACACAUUCUCGAGGAAAGGAAUAAAUAUUUACAUGGUAGGGCCAUUCAAGCCUUAUAAGGAUGACAUAUUUUCAAAUUUUUAUAAAUAUAGACAUUACAAACAUUUGCAUUAAGCUCUAUUAAAGUAUUAUAACACACAAAUCAAUUCACACAUCACUCACAUCAAUAACUCACUAAAUUAGUGAGAAGGAUGAGCCUGUCUCUCACAACAUAGUUUACCUAUUCUUGGAGUGAUGGUUGACAAACAGACUGGAAGAUCAUCCUCCACUUGUAAACCAGCCCUGUACUUAUUCUUCAUUGCAGUCAAAGUGGAAAAUGAUGAUUCACAGAGGUACGUUGUAGGAAAAGGGAGCAAUAUUUGCAUGGGCUCAGCAGUGAGUUCGGGACACUCACGUGAGAGGGACGGCCAGAAGUUUGCCAGAUUAACCUGCUGGAAUCGGGCCUUCAAUGUCCUAUCACAGGAUAAGUCCAACAGCUGCUCUUCUGCCUUACCUGUCAGGCCAUUUGCUGUUGCAGCUGGUGCAAAGGGAUGGCGCACCCAGUCCCAGGCAUCAGUGUUCACAUCGGAGAAGUAUGAGCUGAAGUGCUCGCUCAGUGAAGUGAGGUGUGAGGUCGCAACCUUCCUCACUGUGGCCACAGACAAGUUGUUUGUGUGGAGAAACUCACUCAGUUGGGGGAACAUGUCUGUUAUCCCGUCUUGUAUCCUCCUUCUCCAUAGGACUGUUUUCUUCAUGAAGGCAGUGAUUUUGUUGCUGACUUCAAGGAUGGAUGUGUGGCCUCCUUGGAUGGAGAGGUUGAGGCUAUUCAGUAUGUUGAAUAUGUCGGCAAGAUAUGCCAACUUGGCCAUACUCUCCGGCUCUGUAAAAAACUGUGCGAUGUUGGGUUUUUCCUCUGUCAUAAACUCUGCCAUUUCUCUGCGUAACUCAAACACCCGCUGCAAAACUUUACCACGAGAACGCCAUCGCACCUCACAGUGAUAUAGCAGUGCGUCAUGUCCAGCAUCCAUAUCCCGGCAAAGUUAUCCAAACAAACGUGAUUGCAGUGCCCUUGACUUCAUAAAAUUAACAGCUGUGUUCAAAACAGAGUGAAGAUCUGGUUCCAUGUCUUUGGAAGCGAGUGCUUGCUGGUGUAGCAUACAGUGAGUCGCCAUAAUCCUCGGAUUGACAGACUUUAUCCGCGCCGUUACUCCACUCUUUCGGCCGGUCAUCGCCGCUGCGCCAUCCGUACAAACGGCCACACAUUUUUCCCAACUCAGUCUCGCUUCAGUCAUGAAAGCAUCCAGCAGUCUGAAUAUUUCCUCACCUGUUGUCCUGCCUGGCACCUCCUUGCAGAACAGAAAGUCCUCCAAAAUGCCUCCUUCCCAGGGAUAGCGCACCAAAACAAUCAAUUGAUUGUUUAAAAUUUGAUUGAUAAACACUGUAUACUAUAGUAAAGUUCAAAAACAAUAUAGUAAUAAUUUUACUGCAGUUUACUAUAGUAAAUACUAUAAUUUAUCCAUCUGUAUGUAACAUUAAUGUCUUUUGUCAGUUAUCUGUCUAUUCAUGUUGAACUACACUUGCACAUUUCUGCCUGUGCUACCAAACUUUAAACCUCUCUAGCACCAGCGCUAUGUGCAAAAAAAGUUAAUUUACAGCCUUAACACUAAUAAUAAUUACUGCUUGCCUUUGUUUUAUAGCCGUCACGGAGAGCAGGCCUGUAACCAAAUUCAGGCGAACACUAGUUAAAAUGCUUAGAAGCAAACGUGACCAAUCUAAAUCCGAAACAAUUUUAUUGAUUAUAUUAUAUUAUAAUUCAAAUGAAAUAUUUUUAUUUUAUCUUUGGAAGUCAUUUUUGUACUCGCGCAAGUGAAUGACAAAUUUACUUGUCCGAAGGACAACCACAUGACAAUGCUUAAUGUCAAGCCCUGAGCUAUGCAAAACAUCUCUGACGUCCUUUUCACACAUUGAAAACCAAACAAGACGGAAAAACAAGACACCUCUGACCUCAAUAUUUCAAGACGUGAUUUGAGUGUUCUAAGAUCAUUUCAUUUACACAACAGGAUUGUCCUACUGAAAACAAACACUGGAAACAUUCAGAGAUCAAACUAAUGUUUGUAAUACUGGUUUAAAAGAAUUCUAGAUUUACAAAAGGCAGCGAUGUUGAAAAGAUGAAUCACGCACAACGUUUAGCUUUUGGACACAUAACACAAUGAAAUCCACACACUUAAACAUUCCAGCGCCAUGAACUUAAAUUGAUCUCUAUGAUGUUGUUUUGCAGUAAAUAAUAGUUCAACUUAUGCAAAGAAUAAUAAUGAUGCCGUUUAAAAAGCAUUUUUCUGUGGAGACUCAAGUUCAUUUAAUAGUUGGUCAUGAAUUCUUUUAGUGCUUGUGUUAUAAUAUCAUUAAAGAUCUCUGGGUUUAAAUCGUCUGUAUGAAAGUGUCUUUAUUCUGAAGUCAUAACACAAAACACGAUGAGAGUGAUUAUGAGGAAGAGAAAACAUUCUGUCAGUCUUUCAUUGACUUGUGUUCAGAUAGAAAUCAAUCCAGCAAAGAAAUGAAUCUACACAAAAGUUGUUUUCUUUGUUUAUCUGCUUGUUUCCUGUAAGAAAUUUCCCUAUGCAGUGGAUGAUUCCUACUAUCUUUGUGACACCAGAUUUGAUUUGUAAAUAAGUGUUUUCGAUGUUUAAGACGUUUAGUGGUAAUGUCAUGAGGGUGGAGCGAGUCAGAUGUCCAGAGGGAUGUCGUGAUGUAUUAGUAGAAGAGAGGAGGACUCUCACACUGAGUGAAACCUUCAUCUGUAAGUUCUGCUCAUAACCAGAAGAAACUCAAUUCUCUUCUCCUUUCUCAUGUUCCUUUUGUUCAGCAGAGACAUGGACAAUCUCAUUCAUCUGAUCUUACUGUCUGGUCUUGUUUCUGUUCCAGGUAGUUUAGCAGAGAAUUUAGCAUUUAAAGGAACAGCGACACAGUCAUCCACAUAUAGUACCUGGGCAGCUCAACGUGCCAUAGAUGGUGUCAAAAGUGCUCCAUACUGCUCUCAUACAUCAAUUUAUAGUAGCCCAUGGUGGCGGCUGGAUCUUCUGGAUUAUUAUGACAUCAGUACAGUGGUCAUCACUGCUAGAUCAGAUUGCUGUUUGACUGAAACCAGUGGAGCAGAGAUUCGUAUUGGAAACUCUCUGGAAAACAAUGGAAACAACAAUCCUGUAUGUGCUGUGACUUCUAACUUUCUACUUGGUCAAACCAUCAGUUUCUCAUGUCACGGGAUGAAGGGACGUUAUGUGAAUGUGGUCAGAUUUGGAUCUACAUCUAUUCUCGCUCUGUGUGAGGUGGAGGUCUAUGAAGUUUUACCUUACAGACAAAAAACCUUUCUGAGGCUGAAGUUCUCCUCCAGUGGUGAUGAAGCUGCUGAGAGCGACGAAAUCCUCCAUCAGCUGCGGUCUGCUCUGGCAUCACACAUGUCUGAUUUUCAUCUGUCCUGGACACAACUACCCAAGAAAGAGAAACAACAGGAGGAACAGAGGUUCUUGUGUUAAACAUCUUUAACUGGAUAUACAAACUGAAUCUUUCAUGCAAUGAUUCAUUUCAUUCAGUGAUUUCUAUUAUUGUUCUUCUCUAUGAUUGAUGGUGUUCACAUCACUGCUGAAUGUCAUCAUUUCAAUCUCAUUAUAGUCCGCCUCAUUGUAUUUGUGUUGUGUAGUUGUGUGUCAAAGCCUGAGAUAAAGUGUGUAGAACAACAAUAGUGUGUCAAUAUAGUUAUCACAAUUAGUUAUUUUAAUAGCAUCACAUCUUAAACGUACGAUCCUUUUACAACUCUGAUUAUAGAUUUCUAUAUUUUUAUUUUAUUUAUUACAGGGAUAAUGCAUAUUAAUAAAUAGUUCUGUCAAUAUGCCAGAGUUAGCCAAAGGCUAUUUUCACCUGCAGUCCCUAGACAGAUGGUAAAGGUAAUCCUAAAAGAAAGUAAAAUUAAAUUUAUAUCAUUAUGAUAUUAUAUUUACACUUGUUUAUAUUCUAUAAACUGCUCAUAUCUGUGCAUUGCGUAUACAAGUGACAGAUCAUCA